GGAAACCUCCGUGUUGUUUCAUUGAAAAGGGAAAUGGGAAUGAUUGAAGAUUUGGUCCCCGUAUUAUUUUAACAUGAUUAACAGUCCACUGUAGUGAUCGUGCUCUAAAGGGACAAUAUUAGCACGCUUCACAUUUGAGACCAAGCUAACGAGCUAAGUAACGUUAGCUUAGCUUCAGGUGAUAUUAGCGGCAUGAACUCUCUGGUCGGAUACGGAGUGUCCUCGGAGUCUGACAGCGAUGGAGAUGUAGAAGAUGGAAACCACGGCGUAGCUCGUUCUGGAAAGGAUGGCGACAAUGAGGCAACCGCUGUCAAAAAGACCCGCAACUUUUUGCUGGAGUCUGGUUCAGCUUCCAGUGAGUCAGAAACCGGGGAAGAGGACCCGGAGCCCUCUCCAUUACCGCCACAUAGAGCACAAGCCCCAUCUGCCGUAUGCCAGCCCACCCUGCCUGCACCCUCCCUGGGCUCCCUCAGCUCUAAAAAACUGCCCCCUCCUCCUCUAAACGCCUGCUCUGACAGCAGUGUGUUUGCCAACCCUUUCAAGGCUCAGACAGACCAGAAGCUCAGCGCCUUGCAGAAACAUGUUCCCUUAACAAUGGAGGCCAAACCCUCACAGAUAGGAGGUAAAAGGAUGUGUGUGUCAUACAGGAAAGACGGCAGGUGCAGGUUCGGGAUCAAAUGCAAGUUUGCUCACGACAGUGAUCUUCAAACCGCAGUUAGUCCCUCUGACUGUCCUCCACCUGCGAGUGAUGAAGCACUGGCGUCAGCUCAGGUUGUGACCCGUGCAGGUGGCUCCCAGGAGACGGAGGAGGAAGAUUCAGAGGGGCAAAAAUUGAAGAAGAGGAGGGUUGGACUGAGUAACACUUUGGUUCCUCCUAAACGGGCUAUGAAGCAGUUUGCUAUGCAGAGGGACAGAGAGCGGAUCAAUAUGUCCUGAUGGGUUUUUUUUUAAUUAGCAAUGACAGUGUGCUGUCACAAAGCAAUAGUGUGCAGUUGACACCUCUGUGUGUGUGUCUAUAAUAAAAGUGUACAAAUAAUAACUCAGGCAUACUGUUUAAAAUGUUGAUGAGUAAAAAUAGUGUUAAUGAAUACAAAUAGGCUAAAUGUUAAGACAUUUAUUUACAUCAUAUAAAUGAACAGAUGUUGUGCCCUCUCUACCACACAUCCUAUGUCACACAUCAGACGGCUGCAGAUUUAGUCUUGACACGUUCCAAGGUUUCAACAUAGUUCUUGUGAGUGUACACAUUGGGUUUUAUUUUUCAAACAUUAUUCAAGUGACAGAAUAUUAGUUUUAAUAGUCUAAUUCAGUGACUGUGCUUGCUGGAUUCAUGUGUGAUUAACAGUGUCCAACAUCAUCUUUUGGCUGCCUGCAAUGAUUAAGGACAUUUGUGAGCAGUAAAUAAAUUAUACGGGUUACUAUUCCUUCAGUCUGCCAACAGCCAAGCUUAACAAACAUCUGCACAAAUGUCAUUUAAACUGGUCUAAUGACACUGCCAACAUUUUUUAAAUAUGUAUAUUUUGUGACUUUUUACAGCCCGGUGUAACACUUUUCUGUCUGUCUUGUUUUGUUACAUUUUUCUGUUAAACUGGCCAAGUAAAGGUUUUGUCGUAGCUCUGGGCAGUAAAUGAACAAAUGGCUGACAGUUCAUUUCAACUGAAUGUGUCCAACGCACACAUAUUGAGGAGGUUUGUAGCUUUCUAAUGUAUGUUUUGUGAUGAAUUCAUAAUAUAAAUAAAGUUGCUUUAUUCCAGUAGGAACCUUGAUAAUGCCACACACAAAGGCAUCUGAAGUGCUGGCUAUUACUCAUAGGUAUGCUAUAUUAUUGCAUAACAGCAAUAGCUUUGCAACAUCUUUUAGAAUUCAUUUCUGCAUCAGUACACACACACACACACACAC